AUGGGCCUUAAAUUAAACCCAGCCGGCCAACCCAAUUUAUUUUUUCUCCUCCAGGCUCCAAGCCCAAUAACCAAAUAUUUUCUCAAGAGCACUCAGGCUCCAAGCCCAAUAACCAAACAUUUUGCAGGUAGGGUACUUGUAACACUAACAGCAAACAAAAUCACAAAUCGGCCAUUUCUCAUUUCUCAGUCUCAAUCUCAGAUUUUCAGUCAAAUCGGGAAAAUUCACCAUUUUUGCUGUCCGUUUCUCUUCCAGCACACCAAAACCCAGAGGCUAGUAAGGUUAAGUGAAUCACUCUACACUGUGAAGGGUGCAGAAGACAAUGCCGCAUGUGUAGAUGAGUUGAAUCGGCUUGCUGGGUCUACUGCUUCCGAAAACUCAUGUCUUGUUGCCGAUUUUCAUGAAGCAAAGAAACUAGACAUGAUAGGAAAGCCAAAUGUAUGGUAUUCUGGAAGAGUCCUCAAUAGAAGUAUGGACUCAGUGUUAUCUGGUCAUACAAUAUACAUCGAUUUUGAUAUUUCAGUUGAACUAAAUCGGUUAAGUCGGUUAAGUCGGUUAAAUUGGUUAAGUCGGUUAAAUCAGUUAAAUCGGUUAAGUCGGUUAAUUUUUAACCAAAAAUAAAAAUUAUAUGAUUUUCGGUUAAUUUGGUUAACCGACCGGUUUAACCGAAAAAAAUUCGGUUCGGUUAAAUUUUUUUUAAAAAAAUUCGGUUCGGUUAACGGUUAAAAAAUUUUGAAGGUCGGUUAAUUCGGUUAUUACUAAUUCGGGUCGGUUAACCGGUCGGUUAACCGAAUGCACACCCCUAGAUUCGCCUCUACUUCUAAGCUUAAUACAAACUAACAUUACUUAAAAGGGAUAAAUCACAAAACUAUACAUGAUGAAUUUUGAUUUUAUGCAAUUUUAUAUAUUAAAUUUUGAUUUGAUCUAAUUCUUGUAAAUUAUUAAU